CGCGUUGGGCGGCGCGACGCUCCCGGGCGCGGCGCUCCGGGCGGCGGGGUCAGCGCUGCGGCGGUGCCCGGCCCCGCUCGCCUUCCCCCCCGGGCCCGGCUCGGGUCGCCUUCUCGCUGCUCCUUCCCCUCUUGCCGGCUCCGCUGUCGCCCCUGCCCCGCUUAAGGUGGCCCCGCGGGAUGCGCGGCGCGCAGCAGCCGGCUGCGGGCGGCCCUGGCGCUCCCCCCACCCCCGGCACAGGGUGGCCUUAAAUCGGCUCCGCGGCGCGCGUAGCCGCAUCGUCGGCGCCGUCUGAAAGCGGUCGCCGCCAUCCACCGGCAGCGCCGACGGGCCGGUCCCGGUACCGCGGCGGCAGCAGGGCCGGCGGGGAGGACACACCUCCGCCCGGCGGCGGGAGAUGCUCCCCCGGCAGCCCCCGGCGCGGUGCCGCCCCGCUCUCGGCGCCCCGGCAUCUCCGCCGUGACCGGCGCAUCUCGCCAGAUUAAUGGCCCCUGCAUCAGCACACGAGUUUAAACGGAGACUGGAUGCUGUUGUAUGCCAGGAGUUGAGAAGUCUGACAAAGCGGCAUGAAUCGAGAGUAACAGAGAGAUGCCUGGGCAUUGGAAGCUCUCUGCAGCAUGCUGAGGAGACGUAACCUUCUUACCACGCUCCUGAUCGCCUUACCAUGGGCUCUUCUCCUAACCUUGUGGCACCAGUACCCAACCACCCGCUACCUCAGCCUGCUGAGAAAAGAGACAGAUGAGAACGUGACCUCUAAAGCUUUCCUCAAUGGUACCUCUGCUCUGAGAGAAGAAGGCCUCCCAUCAUGCAUUCGGCAGCAGCAAAGCAUAGGGGCAACGCCUAGAAUCAUCCAGAAUUAUGUGUACUCCAGGCCUCCCCCAUGGUCAGACACCCUGCCAACCAUCUUCGUCAUCACCCCUACCUACACCCGGCCAGUGCAAAAAGCUGAGCUGACACGUCUGGCCAACACCUUCCUACAUGUACAGAACCUGCACUGGGUGGUGGUAGAGGACUCGCCCCGGAGGACCAACCUGGUAUCCAACCUGCUGGAGAAGGCAGGGCUCAACUUCACCCAUCUCAAUGUGGAGACACCCAAGAGUCUGAAGCUGGGGCUGUCCUGGAUCCCAUCCCAUACCCCAAGGGGGACACUACAGAGGAACCUGGGGCUGCACUGGCUGAGGGACAGCUUCAGCAACACGGCACCACCAGAAGGGGUGGUGUAUUUUGCUGAUGAUGAUAACACCUACAGCCUGGAGCUCUUUGAAGAGAUGCGAUACACAAGGAGGGUGUCAGUCUGGCCAGUGGCUUUCGUUGGGGGACUGCGAUAUGAAUCCCCAAAAGUGAGCCCAGCAGGGAAGGUGGUGGGCUGGAAAACCGUCUUUGACCCUAACCGGCCCUUUGCUAUUGACAUGGCUGGGUUUGCUAUCAGCAUCAAGCUGAUCUUGGAGAAGCCUCAGGCCAGUUUCAAGCUGGAGGGAGUCAAAGGAGGCUACCAGGAAACCAGCCUGCUGAAGGAUCUAGUGACUAUGGAUGGGCUGGAGCCCAAAGCAGCCAACUGCACAAAGGUGUUGGUCUGGCACACAAGAACCGAGAGGCCCACUCUGGUUAAUGAAGGCAAGCGUGGAUUUACAGACCCCAGAGUAGAGGUGUAAGCAGAGAGCCAGCUCCAGGGUAAGCAACGGGCAGUGAUUGUUCCCCAAGUUUGUCAGCAACCCAGAGCAGCUGCGCGCACUGCCUGUUCUGCCCAGCCCUCUGCUCCGCCACUGGAGGAUGAAAAACACCCCAAAAUAUAGCCACACUGAUCAGCUCCUGCUGCCCAAAAGGUGGGGACAGAGCUGAUGUGGUGCCCUGUGAUCCUACAGCUCCUCAUCUUUGACUUCGUGCACUGGCUCCCAUUCCCCACCUGGGAGAGGAGUGCUUCCCUUCCCCUGCGGGCUUUGUGUUUUUAACCAUUCAUUAAAACUUAUUAGAUGUGAUUUCCAUUCUCGGCUGGCCCAGCACAGAGGCUGAAGUCCAGAAUGGAUGUGGGUGCCUCGGAAGAUCCCCCAUGGCAUAUCGUCAAACCUAAGCUUCAGUACAGCAGCUGCGAGCUGCAGUGGCUCAAGGACAGAAGUUGUGGCAAAAGCACAAACGUGGACCUGUCAGCCUGAGGCUGGUAUGCUCUCAAAACAGCUUAAAAGCAAAGCUAGCUUGAGAGAGGCUCUCCCUCCGAAGGAUGCACUCAGAUACCCACAUGGAUCAGCCUUCAGUGUUGGCAAGGGAGCUGUGCUGAGGUGCUUCAUUUGGGGUUUGAGAGUCCAGAAGGGAUCUGGUGCCUACGCCUUGGCAAAGAACUUGAACUGCCUUCACUUCAGAUUGUUUUGGAAAAAGCUGUCCCAGAUCCCCGGGCCCAGAGCCCUCUGGAUAAAGUUCCUCUCCCACUCAGGGAGACCUGGCAGGUACUGUACCUCAAAGACCAUGCCUCCACGUUUUGCUGCAGAGACUAGAAAGCAGGGGCAAAGAUAUGUGGAUUAGAAGGUGGUGUUCCUAGCGUGGAACCCUGCUUCAGUAGCAUCAAAUCACAUAUACAGACUUGUCUCCUAGACCUCUGGAGAGGAAAACACCUCUCUGAGGCGGAGGUGGGUGAGAAUUGCUCAGAGAUGGGGAACCCUCAGCCUGCACUCGUCUCCUGUCAGAAUGUCAAGGAAUGUGGAGAGGCAUCAUCGCAAAGCAUAUUUUGAGCAUGUAGAUGACAACUGAAAUAGCAAAUGUCACAAGGUUUUCCAGUGGAACUUUGAAAGGCAUGUGUGGCCCUGUGAAGAGCGAUGAGACAGUGUCGUGUGGAGGGGUUUCCCUUUCCCUCAGUAAAACAGGAAGGCAGCCCACAAAGGAGAAGGUGGCAAAUGAGGACCAGAGGAAGGAUGCACUGGGUUAAAAGCACAAGUGUUGGUACCACGUGUGUGCGUGGGGAGCAAUGUUGCUGUGACUUUUCCAGGAAGAUUCCCUGAAUGACCCAGAAACCCCUCUGAGCACAUCUUGAAAAACGUCUUCACUCAGGCCGUGAGAAACAAGGUUUUAGGCAUUCAAAACAUAUUGAGGAUUUCACAGAUGGGGAAAGUUAUGAGCAAUUUCAUCAUUCCCUGUCCAAGAAAUUCUGGGCUGGCAGUAGGCUUAUUUAUUUCUUGAUUUAUUUAUACUAGAAUUCUUCUUUGCCUGUUCCUUGUUUAGUUUUGGUUUUUUAGCUUGGAUCACCUGACAUGCUCAUGAAGAUAGAAUAUUUCACCCUUCGCCGCAGACUCUCACAGAGCAGUAAAGCCUAGCAUUCACCAGUGAAUGUCAUAUGUUCUGUGCUCCCUGGGGUUUCUUUACAACGGUGUCUUAAACUGGCAAAAUAUUCAGAAACACAGCAAGGAGGGGAGUACGGCAAAGGAAAUUACAGUUCCUUUAUGCAAGAGACGGGGGUGGCACUAAGUUUCUGACUACCAAGUGAACAUAGGGAGGUAAAAACAUGUGCAAAGGAGUGUUUCACGCAGCAGAUAGCCCUCACGGGAUCUCAGCAAGCUUCCAUGAAGGGGGCGCUUCGAAGAGUAUCUGAGAGAGGGAGUCAGUCUGUGUUCCCUCACAGCUGUGCAUCCUGCUAUAGGAGGGGGGCUAAAGUACAGGAGGCGAUAGAGGGCAUGAGAUGCCUCUUAUCAGAGAGGGAGGUGGGAGAAAGCGAAGAAUAGGCAGCAAAUAGAGAAAUGGAGACUGUGUUUAGUGAGGCUUAUGCCAAGGUCUUUCUGGAUGAACACACUCAGCACCACAAGGCCACCCUGCAGCUAUCUCAGCAUGAAGGAAUACUGAAUGGACCAUGAAAACAGUGUCUUCUCUGGGCCCUAAAAAGGUCCUUGCAGAGCCAGGGUCUGGCAUACUGGCACUAGGUAGCACGAAGGAAGCCCAGCAUCUACAAAACACUUUUCAUUCUCCAUUGGUCAGAGCUUUGUGUCCUGUCCUCUGCAGGAGGUGACAGGCCUUACACUCCAGCGGGCUUGGGCAAUCCAGCCCUGCCACCAGGCAAGUGGGCUCAGUGCUUUCACCCAGCAUAAAACCACGAUUAAGUCCCCUUCUUUGUGGUUUUGCUGAAUGAACAAGAGUGAGUGAAUAAAGGAUUUAUGAUCCUCUAUUUUCCCCUCCGAGAUGGGCAGGGUUUCUGCCUGUAUGAAGAGGAAGGAAUAUGGUGAUUAAUUCCCUGGCCUUUAACCUCACACAGGGUCACCCCAUGUUUUUAGAGAGUUCUUCUCUCUGCAUCCCUAUCAGAAAGCAAAAUUAUUAUUCCUGGUUUUCCCACUGGGGAUGUGGAUUCCAGUGAUAUGCGCUACACUGUCAUUUCUAUGCCGGUUGAAGCCUGCUCUCAUGACCAGCACUAUCGCACCCUCUGCAUUCUUGCCUGUGGAGAAGAGUUUCUGUGAAUCAAGAAACCCUGUCAGCCACUAAAUUGUGCAGGACUGAGGCCUUGUAUGGACAGCGUGGAUGUGCACAGCUGAUAUUCCAGGCUAGCAGACAUUUAGAGCUGUUCAGCACAAAUAUUAUUUUCCCUGUAGAGCAACCUAAGGACAGCAAGCACUGCUGCUGGCCAAGGCGUAUCAGCUAAGGGGAGGUGAGUAACAGACACCAUGAGUUAAUGUGGUUCAUUGUGAGCAGAGCUGAGUGGGAGAGCCCAGGAGUGGAGCAGUGGUCAAAGUUACAGGCUUCAGAAAAAGUGAAUGCAGUGAAUGUAAUAAGGAGGGAAGCUGCAGAUCAAGCCUGAAGUGUUUAAAGAAGAGAAGGCAUCCCAGCGCCUGGUUUUUACUAGCAUAUUAGUAUCUGAUAUUCAUAUUCUCGGAGACUCAUCCACUUCACCAACCAAUAAAUAUUACUAACAUUUCCUGUUGCAGAAAAUACUAUUGACGAAGGAGAGAGAAUGUCAAGAAAGUACUUUUUAAUGGUUAUUUAUUUAUAUUGAAUGUUACUAGAGCGUUAUUAAAUAUGAUGUGAAUAGA